AUGAUCUUAGACAGAGAACCGCCGCAGAAUGAGCUACAGAAGAGUUCUGGUGGGCUGAGCACCAGUCAAUGGGCACCGCGUGAUUACCCCGGCAGAUCGAAAGCAGCAAAUCGUGGGGAGGUCUGGACUAUGAUUACGCCAACCUCACAAUCUUCGUUGGUGCGCCACGCGUAUAAUGCCUCGAGUCCUGCACACUCCUCCCGAGACCUUGGCCUGCCUUACGAAGUACAACAUUACAUUCUUGGUAUGAUGCAGCGGAUCUUGGAGGAAGGAUGUUAUACCUUUGCAUCGCGAUGGAUUCCCGACCUACUACAUAAGAAUAACUGGACGUGCUCGGAAGCUGUUGAAUUGUCUACGUGGAGAACUUUUCUUCCAGAAAACAUCCCAGCAGAGGCUCUUGCCUCGCACAGUAAACCUCUCCAUAGAUGUCUGGCUGAUGCUGUUCGAAUAAGAAACUCUGCCACUCAUCGCCAUAUAUGUUCCAGUCGCGAACUACAACGUAUGACACAACAAGCCGAAGACCUCAUGAGUUUGUUUUCGGAUCAAACGAGGCAAUUAAAGUUCCAAAGGCUUUGGAUUGAAAUUAACGGUUGGGAAAACCUUAGUGUAAUAGAUAUGCAAGCCGCCAGACAUAAAAUGGAGUUGGCACUUCAAGAAAUUGGGGAACGGCCCAUGGACGAUAUGGAUUGGACGGCAAACACAAUUUCUUUGCAACAAAUUCCCCCAGGGAAAGUAGAGCUAGGAGAUACCGAUGACUACGAUGUUUAUGACGAAAUGGAGAUAGACUAA